UUUGUUGGUGAAAUAACUAUUGUUAAGGCAACAUUACAUAGUUUCAACCAUACUGUAAACUCAAUAGCAAGAAAUGAAAAGAUAAUUACACAAGGGAUAUUGAAACUGAAUCAGCAGGUGUUGCAAUAUGAGAAUUCAACAGAUCGACAAUUAAGAAAAAAUGCUAUUUCGCUAAACAUUCCAUUAAUCGAUAACGGUGUGUUUCACAUAUACAAGCUCUGCCCAUUACCAGUCAAGGUUGAUAGAAAUAAAUGCUUGUUUAAGUAUAUAGCACCAGAGAAGGAAUUUUUAUUAAUGGACGAUGCUAAAAGACAGUAUGUAAAGCUUAUUUACAAUCACCUCGAGUUCCCUGGUUUAAAAGUUAUUCCAGCUUUACAGAUUCUGCUCCAGAACUACGAGCUGGACGAGCCCAGUCUGCCUCAGCUAGGUUAG